AUGCGUUCCACGUAUCGUGGUAUACGAUUUCUGUUUACAUUAGCUCGUAUGCCAAAAGAAGAUAUACAGCUAUUACAGUCGAAAUCAAUUCAUUUGCUACCAAAUAAUUCAUCACAUUUAAUACAACAAAAACUACAAUUUCAUACUACGCCGCAGUUGAAAUCAAUCAAUAUAUUUCAAGUACAAGACGAAAAUGAUUUUCAAAAACAAAUUCUUGAUAGUAAAAAACCGUUUAUUGUCGAUUUUCAUGCUACGUGGUGCAAACCGUGUAAAGUCCUUCAGCCUCGCUUAGAAAAAGCAAUAGCCAGUUAUAAUAAAGAUGUGAAAAUCGAUCAACAAGUAGCAUUAGCUAAAAUCGAUAUUGAUAAGUGUGUUGAAUUAAGUGCAAAAUAUGAUGUACAAGUUGUUCCCACUGUAUUAAGCAUCAAAGAUGGAAAAGUCAUCGAUCGUUUUUCGGGUGUCGUGGAUGAAAAUAAAAUAUUAAAAGUGCUCAAUAAGUUAAAUAAAUAA